UCUUCCACUCUAUUUUACAGAUCACAUCACAGUAAAAAGUCAGUCUAAAAAGACAUUUCAAAAUCUUGAGUCUGUACCUUUAAAGUUAAAAUGAGCUGCUAUGUCAUUAGGGUCAAAGUCUAACUUGAUUUCAAAUACAGCUCUAAAAAUACUUGAUGCAAGAAAAAACCCAAGAGCUGAAGAGCUGUAAUCAAUGGAAAUUCCAAUAUUUACUGUUGAUGCUUUUACCAAUGUGCCUUUUAAAGGUAAUCCUGCUGCAGUAUGUCUCAUAGAGAAUGAGCUACGAGAUCAUCUUUAUCAGAGCAUUGCUGCUGAGAUGAAUUUAUCACAGACUGCUUUCAUCACAAGAAGGAAUUCUAUGGAUUUUUCUUCAGGUACAAAGUUUGGAUUACGCUGGUUUUCUCCCACAACUGAGGUCCCACUAUGUGGACAUGCAACACUGGCCUCAGCAGCAGUGCUCUUUUACAUGAAAAAAAAUGUCAACCCUGUACUGGUGUUUGAGACGUUGAGUGGGGAGCUUUAUGUGCGUCAGCAUGAAGAAUCUCUAAUAAUGGACUUUCCCUUAAACAAACCAAACCCCCAGGAUCAACAUGAAAUCAAGGAUCUUUUGAAAGCCGUAGUAGGAGAUGCACCCAUUCAGGAUGUGUGCUGCAGUCCAAGCACAAGGAACCUGAUGAUUUGUCUUGCUGACACAUGCGACAGAUCUGAACUUACAUCUUUGAAGCCUGAAGCAGAAGCCCUGCUGAAAAAUGAAUCUACUGCGAAGAUUAAAGGUGUCAUUGUUACAAUGAAGGGAGCUCCGACCGCACAACCUGGAUAUGAUUUCUAUUCCCGUUACUUUGCUCCUUGGGUAGGGGUCCUUGAAGAUCCAGUCUGUGGGUCUGCGCAUACAGUUCUUGCUGCCUACUGGUCUGAAAAGCUGAACAAAAAGAAAAUGUUGGCAUACCAGUGCUCCAGUCGUGGAGGAGAGUUGGGGCUGGAGAUCAGGGAUGAUGGUCGACUCAACAUCAGUGGUCGGGCACAGAUCGUUCUCCAGGGAACUCUUAAAAUCUAGACAACCUGAAAAACCUUCUCAGUGAAUGUGUUAAUAGCUUAAUGGAAAUAAGUCAAUUUUCUUAAAGAUCUGCAAAUUGAUGUUUCGUUCACUGAAUGGACAAAUGUGGUUACUUGCGUGCCAAAAUAAAUAUUUGGUUUAAAAGUCUAUAGAUCUAAAUGGAUGUUUUAUACAUUUUAUUGCAGAAUAUUAAAAAAAUGGUCUAUUUUACAGUCAUAGGGAGAAACUGAAGCGAGAAAUCAUAUAUUUACUAGAAAAUACCAAUAGGUAAAAAUGCAAAUGCUAUCAACAAACAGCAAUACUGCAACUGGUUUAGUGUUGAAUAUAUAUAUCAGUGUUGGGUAAGUUACUUUGAAAAAGUAAUUAAUUACUAUUACUAAUUACAUCAUCAAUAUUGUAUUUAAAUUACUUUACUAAUUACACUGUCUGAAAAGUAAUUUAGUUACUCAAUAAGUAACUUAAUUAUUCAAAUCGCUUAUUAGGCUACAUCUUAAAAUCCCUAUAAACCUUAAAGCAUAGACAAUAGAAAUUAAACUCUUCAUUCUUUAAAUUUGAGUCAAACAUAGAAUAGUUUAACAUUUUAGCUUUAAAAUAACUGUAAUACUUAAGCUUUUUAUAAAAAUUGUAACCUUUUUUGGUUAACAAAUAGAAAUACUCGGCAAAAUAUCUGAAUAACCAAAAAGCUUAAAGGGACAGUUCACCCAAAAAUUAAAAUUCUGUCAUUAAUUACUCACCCUCAUGUCGUUCCAAACCCCUAAGACCUCCGUUCAUCAUCGGAACAGAAAUUAAGAUAUUUUUGAUGAUAUCUGAGAGCUCUCUGACCCUCCCAUAGACAGCAAGGGUCCUUACACAAUUAAGGUCCAGAAAAGUACCAAGAUGAUCGACAAAGUAGUCCAUGUGACAUCAGUCUGUCAACUGUAAUUUUACGAAGCCACGAGUAUGAAAGUUGCUCACGGACACCCAGACGGCAGAAAACGCACCCGGUUUGUUUUGUUUAUUUUACAAAAGCACAAUGUUUUGUUGUUAUUGUCAGUGGUGUACACAAAUAAAAGCAGGCCCUUUUAAAAUUCGAUUGAUUUUAGUCUUAUCUGUAUCUGAGUAUUUAAGGUUUCUCUGUGAAUCAAGAAAAACUGAAAGUGAACGCGCUGGCGCGCAGAGGGUUAAAGACGCUGCAGUCAAUUUUAUCUUUAGACUGUAAAUUUAGAUUUCAAAUUCAAUAUUGAUUUUAGAACUGUUGAAAUUAUUUACAGUAUGUAACGCAAGUACUUUAUAAGUAACUGUAAUUAAAUUACCUAAAAAUGAACAGUAAUCCCUUACUUUACUUUUUCAGUGGAUAAGUAAUUUAAUUACAGUAACGCUUUAACAUGUUACACCCAACACUGAUUGAUAUAUAUAUAUAUAUAUAUAUAUAUAUAUAUAUAUUAGGGGUGUAACGGUACACAGAUGUCACGGUUCGGUAUGUACCUCGCUUCGGGGGUCACAGUUCGGUACGAUUUCGGUAUAACAGGGAAAAAAAGCAACAAAUCUACUAUGAUAGGUUUCUUUUCAUUUAUUUUGAACAGACAGUAGUACAAAUUACAACUUUUUCCACCUAGAUGUGAAAAUACUUAAUAUUAUAUUGAAGGAGUGGAUGCCGAGCUGCCGUAUCCUUCAUACUGAUAUUACAUUAUUUCUUGUUUGACUAUCAAUCAAGUUAUGGCAAGAGUGAAAUGUGUAACCUUAUGUGCACUUAUAUUAAAUAUGAGAUAUUAAAGAAUCCUGCUUUAUGCUGUACUUCUACUCUCUAAGAUGAUGACUUCAUAGUGUGUGUGUAAUGAACCAUACUGAUAAAAUUCUAGCUUGGGCUAUAGGCGGCCUUGAAGUUCUGAUAAGUGCUCUGUGUGUAUGUAUGUGUGCUGGUAGCUCUCUCUCUGUGUGUUAGAAGACUGUCUCUGUCAGCUGCCGCCAUCCUGACCAAAAAUAGGUGUCCGGAAGACACCUAUCUUGUAUGAUCCCUGAUCGCUGACGUCUGCCCAAUCUGAUGGAGAUAUGUUUGAAGCGUGUACGUCCAUAUGUGGAGAUUGUCUAAGUUUAUCUAGGUUUUAGAACCUAUCAGAAUUUUGAUGACUUAAGCAUUGAUGCAAUUAGCAGCCUCUGUUAGGGUAUAAUUGCUGGUGUUUGUUAAUUGUACGCAGAGCGGCCUACGAACUCGAUUGUGUGUCUUGAAGUUGACUUCUGCUGAUGAAACCGCAAACUAUAAGUAAAUUUUCUUCAUUUUUGGUCGAA